GUCAAAUUCUCUGCCCGGACGGGAAAACCGAAAACGGAAGUCGAACACACGCCGGAUUCUUCUCGAGCUCGCAGCUCGCAGCUCCUGGGUAGUUAGAUCCUUCGCGAAUCGGCUAGCUGAGCCUCUCCGCCGUCCGCUGGCCGGUGACUCGCUCGGCGAAGCACAAGUGAAAGCAGAGGAGAAGAAGAAGAAAGACAACAAGGACUCGAGAGCGGUAUCAGUAUCACUCAACCCUAGGUACCGUUUCUAAUCUCUUUCUCUCUUUACUUGCUUCUCGAUAGUGAAAAGCUGAGAUUGGAACGAACAAUUAGGAAUUGGAUGGGAGGAGUAAAUGAAAUUGAAAGAGGUUGAACUUGUCUUGAUAGCGUACUGUCUGCUGGUGUUGCAGGCAUUGAAAUUGGAGAAGAGAGCGAGUGAGUUUGGAGAGAUGGUGUUGAUGAAGACAUUGAAGAGUGAAGAACUUGAUAGGAUAAUGGUGGAUGAACAAGGUUCCAUUAAGAGACAGAAAGUGGAGGGAGCUGUUCAUGUUGUUGAUGAUGAUCAACAAGGGUCUAGCCUUCAUAGGCGGCGGAGGCAACUGCAGCCUCGUGGAGACUGCCCGUAUCUCGAUACUGUGAAUCGCCAGGUGCUGGAUUUCGAUUUUGAGAAGAAAUGCUCGGUCUCUUUGGAAAAAUUGGAUGUUUAUGCAUGUCUGGUGUGUGGGAAGUAUUACCAAGGAAGAAGGAAGAAUACCCAUGCUUAUACUCAUAGUCUUGAAGCAGAUCACCAUGUCUAUAUCAAUCUACAGAAUGAGAAAAUAUACUGUCUUCCUGAUGGAUAUGAAAUCAUUGAUCCGUCUUUAGAUGACAUAUGCCAUGUUCUGAACCCGAGGUUUACAGUGGAACAAGUUGCACAGCUGGACAAAAACAGACAAUGGUCUAGGGCGCUCGAUGGAUCCGAUUACCUUCCAGGAAUGGUGGGCCUCAAUAAGCUUCAAGGAACUGAUUUCACGAAUGUUACCAUUCAGUCUCUAAUGAGGGUAACACCUUUAAGAAAUUUCUUCCUUAUUCCUGAAAAUUAUCAGCACUGUCAGUCCUCUCUUGUUCAAUGCUUUGGGGAGCUAACACGGAAGAUAUGGCAUGCACGAAACUUCAAGGGACAGGUGAGCCCUCAUGAGUUUCUUCAAUCAGUUACGGAAGUCAGCAAGAAAAGGUUUUGCAUAGGCCAACAGUCUGACCCUCUGGAGUUCUUGCAAUGGCUUCUCAAAGCACUCCAUGCAGAACUUAAAAAUUCAAAAAACAAUAGCGUAAUUUAUGACUGCUUUCAGGGAGAACUUGAGGUUAUGAAAGAGACAGAUGGCAAGACAGGAGAUGAUGAUGUUCUAAUGGAAAAAUCAAGAAUGCCAUUCUUGGUGCUCGGACUGGAUUUGCCACCACAACCUUUGUUUAAGGAUGUGAUGGACAAAAGUAUUAUUCCACAGAUUCCUUUGUUCGACAUACUGAAGAAAUUCGAUGGGGAGACUGCCACUGAAGUAGUCAGGCCUCAGAGGGCCUGGAUGAAAUAUCGGGUAACCAAGUUGCCAAAGUAUCUAAUCCUUCACAUGCAGCGGUUUAAGGAGAACAACUUCUUCAUUGAGAAGAACCCUACUAUAGUCAACUUCCCCUUGAAGAACUUGGAACUGAAGGACUAUAUUCCUCUGCCUAGGAAGAUAGAAAAGUCACACUCAAAGUACGAUCUGAUAGCUAAUAUAGUCCAUGAUGGCAGACCAAAAGAGGGUUCCUACAGAGUCUUUGUCCACCGAAAGUCUGAAGAGCUAUGGUACGAGAUGCAGAAUAUGCACGUCUCAGAGACGCUCCCUCAGAUGGUUGCACUCUCAGAGGCGUAUCUCCAGAUCUACGAGCAGCAUCAUUUGUAGCUCUCUUAAUUUUCGAUGUACAAUGACGUGAAAUCUGAACCCGACUUGGAGCAAAAACCAACAAGAUGAAUGUUUAAGGUUAAUAUUCACUAUAGUGCUUAUCG